AUGAUUGACGUCAAGCGCUCCCAUGUGGGCGAAACCACCACUCUCCAGGAUUUGAAAGGCGCUCUCCGGGUGGGAACCAGUUCGACGACAGCAUCCUCAAAGCAGGCGUUGUCCGAUACACAAUACAGCAUCGGUUUCGACAUACUUUUACAGGGCUCGACGGCUUAUGAACAUUUCAUAUUCCCACAACUUACUCGACUCCUGGCUCCACUACUGGAUUCAAGAGACCGUAUCUCUGUCCUUGAGAUCGGACCUGGCCCAAAGAGUGUGCUGGGCUGUCUUCCCGACUAUCAGAAGAGAAAAAUCCGACGAUAUGAGGCUUUUGAGCAGAAUCAAAUGUCCGCGAGAAGUCUAGAAGAAUGGCUUUCGGUCGAUGCUAAAACGCGAUCACGAUUUCCUUGCCUGGAAGAUCCACCGACCAUUCAUCGUCUCCCAUUCGAUCCACAGCAAAGCACAUGCAAUGGCCGCAAUGGCGAUGUGCACGACGCUGACGGAAGAUACGACGUAAUCCUUUUUUGCCACAGCAUGUAUGGCAUGCCAUCAAAAGGAAAUGUCAUCAAACAAAGUCUGGAACUGCUCACAGAGACGCGAGGCGGAGUGCUAGCGAUCUUCCAUCGUGGAGAAAGUCUGCACCUUGAUGGUUUGGUCUGCCAUCAGACUGCUUCUUUCCCCACCGGAGUCGUCAGAAUAGCAAAUGAGGAUCAAGUUUUAGACAACUUCGCACCCUUAAUUGCAGGUUUUGUAAUGCACGAGAAAGAGACGUAUAAAAUCGUCCAGGGCGAGUGGCGUAAGGUGUGCCGCAACCUCGGCUUUCAGGAGGAAUCAUAUCCGGACCAGCUAUUAUUCAGCUCGCCCGAAGUCAUGGUGGCUUUUACUCGGGAUGCAACCGAACUUUCAACGCUCACAACGCCGCUGCCAACAUUGAGGGAAGACAGACGUAUCAAGAAUCAACAGGCUCGAUUGCACCACCCCGCAGCAAUCUCUAGGCCAACCGAGAUCGAUCACAUUCAGCAUUACGUCCGAUGGGCGCUCGAGCACGGAACCGGCUUGACCGUUAUCGGCGGGAGUCAUAGCGGUCACUGUAUCUGGAAUAACAUCGUCUCCAUUGACAUGGGUGCCUUCUGUCGAGUAUACAUCCAUAGAACAGAACAAGACAGCGUACCUACAGAUGUCGGUUGCGAAACUCUCGUCGUUGCUGAGGCUGGCUGCACGACUGGAGACAUCAUCACUAAGGCUAUGGCGGCAGGGGUGACAGUACCUCUGGGGUCCCGCCCAAGCGUAGGGGCAGGUUUGUGGCUGCAAGGUGGCAUUGGACAUCUGGCUCGAAUGCAUGGCCUCGCCUGCGAUACUAUCGUGGGUGCUAUCAUGGUCAGCGUCGAAUCUGGUGAAGUCCUAUGCGUUGGUUAUGUACCGAGUCGGUAUAGGCCGGCUACAUGCAUCCGCCCGAAGAACGAAACAGACAUUCUAUGGGCAUUGAAAGGCGCAGGAACGAACUUCGGCAUCAUUGUCAGCGUGACAUUCAGGACUCACCCCGCCCCUACAUACCAGGUCCAGACUUGGGCUGUGCCGCUGAGCAGUCGUAUUGAAGCACAGCACAAACUCAGCAGUCUCGAUACAGAGGUCGCCAGCAAGCUCAGCAGGGACUGCUCUGCAGAUGUCUACUUGUACUGGGACGAUGAUCGGCUGCACCUCGGUGUGACUAUGAUUGUAUUUACCACAACAAUGCCAACAGCUGCAAAGUGCUCGUUCUCCGCGGCUAUCUCUUCUGUUCUAGGCGCGGAAGAAAGCAGCGUCAAGAGUGUUGACGGCGUCGGUCUAUUCGAUACAGAGAUGUACGUUUCGAAGAUGCACGGUGGUCAUGGCGGGGGCAAGACAUCGUCGUUCAAGCGUUGCCUGUUUUUAAAGGGUAUCGGCGACUGGAAGGUGGCUGAGCGCUUGGUGGCAGCUGUGGAGGGUCGGCCAUCAGCGCUGUGCUAUCUGCAUCUGUUGCAAGGCGGGGGAGCGACUAGCGACAUCGCGGCCAACGCCAAUGCUUUUGGCUGUCGAGACUGGGACUUCGCUUGUGUCAUAACUGGUGUCUGGCCUCGCGACCAAGAUGGCACUGAAGUCGCACGAGCUGCUGUUAAGUGGGUUUAUGGUGUUGCGGAACACUUGCUGCCGAUUUCCAAAGGCGUCUACAGCGCCGACCUCGGGCCGGACCCUAGAGACGCUGUCCUUGCGCACAGAGCUUUUGGGCCUAACCGGCAACGGCUAGCGCAACUCAAAUACCAGCUAGACCCGCAAAACGUGCUGGCUUACACCUGUCCACUCCCGAAAGCCCCGCUUGGACCAAAGCUUAUCCUUCUCAUUACAGGCCAAAGCGGCGUUGGUAAAGACUACUGCGCUAAUGCGUGGGUCUCGAUGUUCGCAAAGCGCUCUCUAUCGUCUCGCGCUGUGAGCAUCAGCGAAGCUAUCAAGCGGGAAUACGCAGCGGCUACUGGCGCUGACGCCAGUCGCCUGCUUUCUGAACGUGCCUACAAGGAGCAGCACCGCACAAGCUUGACAGCCUACUUCCUAGAUCGAGUGCAACACGAGCCGCAGCUGCCAGAAGAGCAGUUCUUGCAGGUAGUGAACGAAGCCGCAGACGUAGGUGUGCUGUUGAUUACUGGUAUGCGAGACAAUACGCCCGUUGCAGCCUUUUCGCAUCUGGCACCAAACAGUAGGCUGAUCGAGGUCUACGUGCAUGCUAGUGCGGGAGCACAACGGUCGCUUAAAGAUCGUCACGCUGUUGAAAGUGGCGGUGCAAGCCAUAAGAGCAGCAUUUUAGUCGAGCCGAGUUUGAAUGCCUUGAGUCACCAGCCCUGUCUCACUUUUGACAACAAAACAGCUGGCGAUGAAGCUGCGAACAAAUACUUCGAAGACUGCUUGUUACCCUUGGUACACGAGGACUUACUACGGCUGACUGACAUGGUGCGUUCAAUACCCAACUUUCCACGCCAAAACAUCGUUUUCCGCCAUGUUAUCGGCAUCUCCCAACAGCCAGGUGGUCUGGCCUUAUGUACGUCUCUCCUGCAAAGACUCUUCCCUGGGGACUGGAGCACUGUCACGGCGAUAGCAUGUUGCGAGGUUGGCGGGAUCGUAUUCGCAUCUCCGUUAUCCCUUCACGUCAAUGUUCCCUUGAUACUCGUACGAGAGGCUGGUAAGUUGCCUCCGCCGACCUUCUCUGCUGUGCAAUCUCGAUCCCACAUCUCAUCACUGAUCUCCAACGAGUCAUACCAGAAGCGGGUAGAGAUUGGACGAAACGCUGUACCCAAGGGUGGUCCAAUUGUGGUGGUAGACGACACGCUUGCUACCGGCGAAACGCUUUGCGCUGUUUUACAGGCGCUCAAAGUGGCUGACGCUAUUAAAGAUGUGACUGUAUUAGUAGUUGCUGAAUUUCCAAUCCAUCGUGGACGGGAACUCCUGUGCAAACGUGGGUUUGCACAUGUUAAAGUCCGCAGUCUGCUAUCAUUUAAUGGUGCAUAA